AUGUCACACCCACGCAUAGAAGAAGUCUCGGACAGCGACCUGUCGGACCCCUCCGAGGGCGACAUCGACGACUUUGACGAGUCCGAGAUCAUCCGUGCCAAACCCGUCUCCUCGUCCAAGGCCCCCGCCGUGUCCCAGCAGCAGCAGCAACAACCGGCGCUCUUCAACCCGCUGAACGCGGCCAGCGGCACCCAGGUGCCCAGCAACCUGCAGCCCGCCGACGUGGCCGGCUACCAGUGCCUGUACCCGAUCUACUUCGACGCCUCGCGGACGCGGGCCGAGGGCCGGCGCGUGGCCGCGGGGCUGGCGGUGCGCAACCCGCUGGCGCGCGAGAUCGCGGCGGCGUGCGCGCAGCUGCGCCUGUCGCCCGUCUUCGAGGCCGCCAAGCUGCACCCGCAGGACUGGGCCAACCCGGGCCGCGUGCGCGUCAACCUGCGCGACGCCCAGAACCCCUACGCCAAGCAGGUCAAGAACAAGCACCACCUGUACGUGCUGGUGGCGAAGCACCUGCGCGAGAACCCCACCACGGACGCCUCGGACUCGCUGCGCCGCGUCCGCAUCCAGGGCCUGCCCGGCCACCCGGCCGACGGCGACAAGUGGCCCCGCCCCGCCGUGCCCAAGGGCUGGAAGAUCAACGAGCUGGUCCCCGCCUACAGCAACGCCAUGACCGGCGGCGGCGUCAGCGAGAACGCCUUCCGCGACAUCAUGAAGGAGAUGGGUGGGGCUGGUGGCGCCGGCGGGAUGCCCGGCAUGGGCGGCAUGGCGGACAUGAUGAACAUGCUGGGCGGCGGCAUGGGCGGUGGUGGUGCUGGGCCGAGCGGAGCUGCAGAUCAGUCUGGUGGCGGGGGCAAGAAGAACAAGAAGGGCAAGGGCAAAUAA